CCCAACAAUAUACACCCAUCCAAAAUCACCAACCCUUUACACCCAUCCAACAACCCCAACCCAACACCCAACACCACCCCCAAAAUGCCGCCUCCCGACUCCCCCCUCCCCCAGCCCUGGCGCCGAACCCCCCUCAUCCACUCGACCACCCUCUCCGCCGCCGCCGGCUGCCAAAUCCACCUGAAGCUGGAAAACCUGCAGCCCAGCGGCUCCUUCAAAUCCCGCGGCAUCGGCAACCUACUGCUCUCGCACCUCGCCUCCGUCCCCGCGGACGCCCGCUCGAAACUCCACUUCUACUCGAGUUCGGGCGGCAACGCGGGGCUGGCGUGCGUCAGUGCUGCGGCCGCGCUGGGCGCGCCGGCGACGAUUGUCGUCCCGCUGAGCACGAGCGCGUUUAUGGUCGGCAAGAUGUGGGAGGCGGGUGCGGCGGGGGUGUUGCAGCGGGGCGCGAGUUGGGCCGAGGCGGAUGCGUAUUUGCAGGGUGAAGUCAUGGGGGAGGCGCGGGCGCGGGGCGAGGCGCCGGUGUAUGUGCCGCCGUUUGAUGCGCGGUUGAUUUGGGAAGGGCAUGCGACGAUGGUGCCGGAGAUUGUGGAGGACUUGGGGGAGGUGCCGGAUGUGCUUGUGUGUAGUGUUGGAGGAGGGGGGUUGUUUUGCGGGGUGAUGUUGGGGAGGGAGGCGCUGGGGGAGGAGGCGGAGAGGAUGAAGAUGCUUGCUGUUGAGACGGAGGGGGCGGAUUCGUUGAAUCUGUCGUUGAGAGAGGGGAAGUUGAGUACCCUGCCUGCCAUCACCAGCAUUGCGACUACACUGGGGGCCAGGACGGUGGCAAAGCAAGCUUAUGAGUAUGCACAAAGGGAUUGCGUAAAGAGCUUGGUUUUGAAAGAUACAGAGGCUAUGGAGGGGUGUGUGAAGUUCGCAAACGAUGAGAGGAUCAUGGUCGAGGCUGCGUGUGGCGUCAGUCUUGCGCUGUGUUACGGAGGGCGGCUGAAGAAGGCGUUGCCGGAGCUGACGGAGACAAGCAAAGUGGUGAUUGUGGUGUGCGGCGGGAAGAACGUCACUGCAGGAAUGUUGCAGGCUUGGGCGGAGGAGUUGAAGCAGACGGCAUGAAUGAUGAAUCCUCGAAAGGCAAGACGACUGUGCAUAUAGAUCACAUUAGAAUAGACAACUUGCACAAGCAAAUCGCGAAAUAGCCUGG